AUGAAGAUCCAUUCCUUGGUGCUUCUGCUCUUGGGUUCAGCUUUUGCUGUCCCAAUUACUGACAGUGAAGAGUUAGAGAAACCUAACAUUACAUCACUGAAGAACAGUAGUCAAGAGAUUGAGGAAGAAGAGCUUGGUUAUGAUGAUAAUGAUGAUUUCAACAAACAGGAGGAAGGUGAGCCACUAGCACCAACUGACCAUUAUGCACUGCCUGGUCAAACAGACAAUAAUGGACAACACGAGAGAACCCAAGAUGAAAGUCUGCUUGAAGCUGGAGAAAACAGCAAGAAAGUCAAUGAUGAUAGCAAGGGCAGAAAUGAAAAUGGCUCCCAAGAAAGCAGUGGCAUUAAUAGCCAUGAAGAGGAUUCUGAUUUGACUCAAUAUCAGGACAGUGAUGCAGGGAGCCAGAAAGUAAUUUCUAGUGCGGAUGGAGAGGAGGCCAGAGCAGAACACAUCAAUGACCAGGACUUUACAUCAAAGGAAGAACAGGCAAAUGAUGAAAUUCAACAAAGUGAUGAUUAUACCUAUGAAAAUGUGAUGAACAGUACUGAUAUACAGGAGGAAGAUAAUGAAAGCCAAGAAGAAAGUCAGGACCAAGACGAUAACAAAGGAACCAAGAUCAAGGUAGAAGCGCAAGAGGAUGAAAGUGGAAAGCAAGAAGACAACAGCAGCAGCCAUCAAGGUGGAGCAGCUCAAGAUGUAUCAGACAGUACACAGGAGAGUGAGAUUACCAGCAAUGACAGUGCAGACCGAUCAAACGACAAUGUUAGCAAGAAAAAGAAAAAUGUACAAGCAAAAAAACCUACCGAGCAAGGCAAUGGCCACCAGGAGCUACAGAAGAGUGAUCAAAAAGAACAGCUGGAAGCGAGUGACAACACAGUCCAGAAAAGCAGAAAGAGGAAAUCUGGAAAACAGGUUUCAGUAAUUGGCAUGAAUCCCGUACAGAUCAGAGCGACAGAGGAUCUGUAUCCCCAAGGUGGCCUUGCCAGGACUGUAAAUGUGCAGGAAGCACUUGUCAAUCCUUGUGAAGGCAUUCGCUGCAAGCGAGGCAAGACCUGUAAAGCAAAUGAAGAAAACGAGCCAGUGUGUGUCUGUCAGGAUCCUAGCACUUGCCUUCCCAGUGUGAAUGAGUUUGAGCAUGUGUGUGGAACUGAUAACAAGACAUAUGACACUUCCUGCCAACUAUUUGCAACUAAAUGCAGUCUUGAAGGCACUAAAAAGGGACACAGACUUCACCUGGAUUACACUGGGUCUUGCAAAUACAUUGCUCCCUGUCAGAAUGAUGAGCUGGCACAGUUCCCUCUCCGUAUGCGUGACUGGUUGAAGAAUGUUUUACUGCAACUGUUUGAGUUUGACAUGAAAACUCCUGGCUUUCUAACAGCAAAGCAGCAUCUUAGGGCCAAAAAAAUAUAUGAGAGCCAGAGGCGCCUUCAAGCUGGUGAACACUCUAUUGAGAUGCUUGCCAGGGACUUUGAGAAAAACUACAACAUGUAUAUCUACCCAGUGCAUUGGCAGUUUGCACAGAUGGACCAACACCCAGCAGACAGGCACCUCAGUCACUCUGAACUGGCUUCGCUGCGUGCUCCCCUCAUUCCUAUGGAGCACUGUACCUCACGGUUCUUUCAAGAGUGUGAUGCUGAUAAGGAUAAACAGGUCUCUUUCAAAGAAUGGUGCUACUGCUUUGGGAUCAAAGAUGAGGACAUGGACGCCAACCUCUUAUUCUGAAGUGCAGCAAGUCAUGUCGACACAACUGCCAUUAAAUACAGCUUUCAGCAUUGAAUUUAAACUGUGUAGCCAUUGUACUAUGUGAUUGUCAAUAAGUUUACAUUCGUUGUGUGGUGUGAUAUACAUGCAAAAGACGAUCAAUAAAAAUAAAGAGUUCAAUAAAGAGUGGAUGUCAUAUAUUGGAAAAUGCUGGAGUAAGAAGAACAUCUAAUUUAUAGGUAUAUAUUCUGAAGUUUUUAAAUGUGCAGUUGCAGUGUCAAUGGCUUUGUAUUCAUGUUAGAACACUUUCAUUUCUUAAUUAACUAUUAUUAACUAACCUGAGAAUGAAGGCUAAUGAUCACAGGACCUGCUCUAUUGUUAACUGUACAUUCAGUUCAGUUGAUACACAGAUCAAUAAUAUGAAGGCAUAUUCUGCAUCUAUUAACUAAACACACGGUCAACAGAAUACGUCAAAAUCUAAGAUUGCAUACAUGUGAACUGUGAAGACUGUACAUGCUUAAAAUGUCCUGUGCUAUAC